AUGACUGACAUGGAAGAUUGGGACGGUAUGAAGGUGAAGUACUUCGUUGGUAAAGUCUACCACUACCUCAAAAUGGAUGAACCUGAUGUGGUUUGGAACCACAUGUUCUCUACUACUAUUGCUAGACCAAGAGCUCUUUUCACUCUUUGGAUGACAUGUCACCGUAGGUUGGCGACAAAGGAGCGGCUCAAAAAAUUUGGAAUUACUACGGAUGACAAAUGUAAUUUCUGCAACAACGAAGAAACGAUUGACCAUCUGUUUUUUCAAUGUCCCCUGUUUCAAAGUUGUUGGCAGGAUAUUCUGAGGUGGAUGGGAAUUCAUCGCACCCUCUGUGAUUGGCGUGAAGAGCUGAACUGGAUUAUUCAUCAGUGCAAAGGUAAGGGUUGGCGGAAAUGCCUCCUGCGUAGCGCCAUUGUGGAGACUGUCUACGAAAUCUGGAAGUAUCGUAACCACACCGUUUUUGGAAAUACAGUGCAAACCAUGGAGAUUAGAGAUAUAGUUAUCUCUACCCUUGCUAACAGAGGAUGGGUUCAUACUAGUAUUAGACGUCAUAUAGCUAACCUUCUCAUAGAUUAA